AUGAAAAUGAAUAAAGCUGAAGAGCUCUAUAUUAUGACCAAGCACUAUUCUGCUGCGCAUUCAAAGAAUUCUCCCAGGCUUAUAGUUUUCAAUCAGCUCCAGCUAGUAAAAUACUUUGUGAGGAAAGAAUGUGACUAUUUUUUCUAUAGAUUUCUGUUUUCUCGUUUAUCAAGCUUGCUCUUAAUUGCUUUCAGACUUAAUUUAACUUGAUUUUCCUAUCCUCUGCAGUCCGUAAUGCUUUGCUGAGUGUUUAAUGAGCGUGAUUGUUCAUGUAUGAAUUUUUCCUUUGAUCUUUUAGCUCUUGAGUGCUUAUACUUUUUGUAG